AUGAUCGAAACAGAUGUCUUGAUAGCCGGAGCAGGGCCAACUGGCCUUGUUCUCGCUCUUUGGCUUCACGCACAGGGUGUCAGAACCCGCAUUGUUGACCAGGGAGGUGGACCCGCCCCCAACUCGCGCGCGCUGGCUGUGCAUGCCCGUAUUCUGGAGCUAUACCGCCAACUCGAUCUAGCCGAUGAGCUGAUAGAUCGUGGAUAUCAGCUACCUGCUACCAAUGUGUGGGUAAAUGGUUGCCACAGAGCCCACAUCAACCUGCGGCAAUUUGGCACAGAGUUGACACCAUAUCCCUACCUGCUUUCUUUCCCUCAAGACGAGCAUGAACGCCUGCUCGAGAAGCGGCUGAACUCCUUUGGUAUCUUCGUUGAGAGGAAAACCAAGCUGCAAAAUUUUGUCGAUAAUGGCUCGAGCAUCACUGCAACUCUGGCGUGUGCGAACGGAGCCGAGUCUACCUGCGAAGCCGCCUAUAUCGUUGGAUGCGAUGGCGCUCAUUCGGCAGUUCGACACGUUAUUGGGGCAAAAUACGAGGGUGACACAUAUGUGCCACUCUUCUACAUUGCUGAUAUUGUUGCGGAGGAGCAAGACAGCCCUAUUUUUAACGGCGAAGCUCACUUGACCUUUGUCGAUGAAACUUUCAAUUUGAUUCUACCAUACGUUGAAGAACGCCACGUCCGUUUAAUUGGAACGACAAUUCCAAAGACUGCCCCGAGUCAGCAAACCAAUACCUCGGAACCUCAAGCCGAAGUGACAUUUGAGGACGUGCUCCCGGAGAUCAAGAAAACUACGAAUAUCGACAUUCAAAAGGUCAACUGGUUCUCCACAUAUCGCAGUCAUCACCGCGUAGCAGACAAGUACCGCAGCAACAGAGCCUUUCUUGUCGGCGACGCUGCUCACAUUCACAGCCCAGUAGGCGGCCAAGGAAUGAACACGGGCAUUAUGGAUGCCAUCAACUUGGCGUGGAAACUCGCAACUGUGAUCAAACAGCCUUCAAUGACCCCAGAAGCCAAAGAGGCGCUUUUGGAUACCUAUGAACCUGAACGGCGUUCAUUCGCUUUAGAUGUGGUCGGCGCAACCGAUCACGGCUUCACUAUUCUCACCAGCUCGGGAUUCUUCCCGCACCUUCUGCGCGCGUGGGUGAUUCCCUCUCUCAUUCCUCUCGUCGCCCGCUUCCAUACCACCCGUACGGAGAUUUUCCGACGUGGAUCUCAACUAGUCUGUUGCUACAGGGGGAGCAGCAUGCUCAGCGAGCCAACAAAAGGCUCGGAGAUAGUACAGCCCGGUGAUCGUCUGCCAUGGGUCAAGACGGAGCGUGACGACAACUUCUCAACUUUGCACGAUAUCAGCUGGCAGGUCCACGUGUAUGGCGAUUCUCCGGUAGGGCUAGAGGAAUGGUGCAAGACAAAACACGUUCAGUUAAUUGUCUUUGAGUGGGAUGAACAGCAUGGCAAAGCUGGAUUCAAGAAAGGUGCUGCAUAUCUGUUGCGACCGGAUCAGUAUAUUGCUGGAAUAUAUGAGGGUGCCGACCUGGAGUCCAAGUUGGACGAGUACUUCUAUACGCGAGGAUUAUUACCAUGCUAG